AUGGGCACUAACAAUACAACGGUUGACUCUGCAAAGAAAAAGAGCAAAGGCGUCGACUUUGAAGCUUUGAGUCAACGUGGAUAUAAAGGAGGACUAUCAGUCUUGAGCAUCCCACCACCUAAAGAACCUGAUCAGAAACAGGACUGGUCUUGGUCAUCGGGAAAGGGAACUCGGGCAAAGGAGGUAGAAGAAACUUACGAAGAUCGACUGAGAACAAGAGAUGCAUUGGCUGAUGGAGAGCUGCUCAAAAACGUGCUAACACAGAAAGAUAAAAAGAAUCUUUCAUUUCAACAGAAGGAGAGGAGGAAGAGAGAUCUUGGUCAGACUAGUCGGGGGAAGAACUACGUGGAAGAGGAGAAGAGGUUGCUAAGAGACAGUGGCAUUUACUGCGGGUUUGAUUCUUAA